AUCCAACCCAGAGUCUGACUCCCUCUUCUCAGAAGGUUCCCCUUUUUCUCCUCUCCACUGUUAGAAACAGAUUUGGGCUGGCAUGGCCUGUGGGGGUCCACACCUGCUGCUGCCGCCUGUGCUGCUGCUGCUCCUGGCCCCAGGUUCCAGGGUAAAGGGUGCUGUGCCUGAAGAACUUCACAGACACUCAGGACAGACUCUCUUCCUGCAAUGCCGGUACUCACCCAAGACAGGGCCCUAUCAGCCCAAAUCCUGGUGUCAGCAGACAUCUCCAAAUACGUGUACCUUAUUGCUCACCACCUCCAAGACCCAGACAGCAAUUCAGCAGUCUCGUUACAAAAUCUCGGACGAGCCCAACGCUGGCUUCUUCAACAUCACCAUGAGUCCACUGACACAGAAUGACUCGGGAUCUUACUGGUGUGGAAUCUACAACUCUUCCGAAAACAUCAUCACUGUUCUCAGAAAUGUCAGCCUGGUGGUGUCUCCAGCCCCAACCACAUCUCCUGUGUGGACCCUCACCUGGCUCCCAACAAGCACAGCUCUGAUCACUUCUCCAGAGGGGACUUGUGACCAUCCCUCCAUCAAUGGCUCUGAGACCAGGAAAUCAAGUGCCCCUCUCUGCCUUGGCUCAGCUGGCCCCAGACUCCUGGUCUUUGUGCUGUGUGGACUCCUCCUGGCCAAGGGGCUGAUGCUGUGAGUCCCGUUUGUGCUCCUGACCUGCAGGUGCCACUGGACAGCAGUGAGGGAGGUUUCUGAUUGUCCCAGCCCAGCCCUGCCCCAGGACCCUUGGGUGCGUGAGCCACAGCGUGGAUCCAGCAUGAAUCCCAGUUUUUUCCCCUGUCCAGCUAUUGGGAGCCUAAGCAUCAGGCCCCACCUUCCCGUGAGGAAAGGCCAGUGCCAAGCUUGUUGGAGAGAACUUUCACCCCCUCCCCCAUCUCCCUGGUGGUGACCUCUCACCCCUGCACUGAGCCCUCUUACACCUACUUCUGCUGCCCUGACUUCCGCCAUUGGGAAGACCCUGGCGGGGGUUUCUGCAUCCUAGUCAACACCCAGCUCAGCAUCUUCAGCUGCACCCGGCUCCCCCACUCCAGCACUCUGUGGUUCUCUCAGCCCUGCCUCAGCAGGUCUCCAGGAUGCCUCUCAUUUUCCCUGUUUGUUGCCUGUGCUCUGCCUGAAAGUCCUAUGAAUUUCCUUUUGUGCUUAAUUAAAUUCAGCCUCUGAACUGAAAUGUGUCAGGUGCAACUGAGCAAGAGAAGAGAUGUGUCCCCUCUCCCGACCCCAACCCCAGAUAUCCUAAAUGAGAGAGAAAUGACUUAAAAAUAAAUGAUAAAAUUGAAACUAA